AUGAGCACCGCCUUUUUUGUGCUGCUGGCAAAUUGCCAGACGAACCCCAAAACCAAGUGUUCACUGGAGUGUUAUGCGAAAUGUAUGCAGUCUGGAACGGUGAGUGAAUUGGGGGGGGGUACUGUAGAUGACACGUGGCAAAUUUUGGCGGGAAAAAUCUUAUUUUUUUAAAUUCAAAAUUUUGAAUUCUUCAAUUUUGGGCGAAAAUUUUGAUUCCACGUGGCUUUGGCGCCAAUUCAAAAAUCAAAAAAACUUACUCUGCGUCUCUAACCAUCUAGCUUCUCUACUUGAACAUUGUCUCUAGCUGUCUGGCUUCUCUGCACUCUCCCAACCCCCUAUGCUCUCUAGCAAUCUUGCGCGAAGCGCCCCGGAAUCUUCCGCGUAAGCGGCACGAGCGGAGCGAGUGUAUGUCCCUCUGCGUCUCUAACCCUCCAGCCUCUCUCACUGUCUAAUAUCUCUAUGUCUCUAACACUCUUGCAUCUUUGCCUCUUUCACUGUCUAGUAUCUCUGCGUCCCUAACUGUCUGGCUUCUCUGCGUCUCUCUUUCUUAUGUAAAUCCGGAACCGUAAGUGAACCCAAUUACCUAAUUUCCCCCCGUAAUUUUUAAUUUGACACAAAACGCGGUGACCGCCUAUAUUUUUGCGGUAAAAAGUACAAAUAGUGACCAAUUAGGAAGGGGGUAAGAAGAACUUUAAAAUGAAAUAAUUUUCCCCAUUUUUUUUUGUCAACCGGUUGCUUUUCGGAUCAAUUAGUUGAGGAAAGUAGGUGAAAUUUCUUAAUUUUUACCCAAAAAAAAGAAGGGGGUCUUUAAAAAUGGCCAAAAAUCCUGUAAAAUUGGCCAAAAAUCCUGUAAAAUUGGCCAAAAAUUUUGUAAAAUUGGCCAAAAAUCUUGUGAAAUUGGCCAAAAAUCUUGUUUUUUUUCUAGAAUCUUGUAAAAUUGUCCAGAAAUCUUGUAAAGUUGGCAGAAAAUCUUGUUUUAUCUAGAACCUUCAAAAUUGUCCAGAAAUCUUGUAAAAAUGUCCAAAAUCUUGUAAAAAUGUCCAAAAAUUUUGUUUUUUUUCUAGAACCUUUAAAAUUGUCCAGAAAUCUUGUAAAAUUGGCCAAAAACCCUGUUUUUUAUCUAGAACCUUCAAAAUCGGCCAAAAAUCUUCCAAAAUUCCCCGCAUUUUUUUCUGGUUCAUCUAGAUAAUUCUCUUAAUUCUCAAUGACAGAUUGGAUUACUAGGCGGUCAGCCAAAAAAAAACAAAACAAAACGAAAAAAAAAUCCUAUUAUACAACACUAGAAAUUAGGACAGGCGGCUGAGUGAAAGUAUUUUGGAGGAUGAAGAUUUUUGAGGAUUUUAGCCCAAAAAAGCUCGGAUUUCAGGCUGAGUUUAGGCUCGAAAAGGCCCGGAGUUCAGGCCUAGUUUAGGCUCAAAGAAGCCUAGAUUCCAGGCCUUAUAAGUUAGCCCAACUCACUUUUCUUCUAUUGACUGUUUAGAAUUUCAAAAUUACCCGAAAAUGAAAAAAGUCACGUUUUUUUUUAAAUUUCAAAACUAAAUUCAGGUCUGAAAAUUUCAGCUUCAUCAGGUGAAAAUCAGUAAUUUCGAUCCUGGAAUUCGAAUUUUGGGUGAAAAAAUGGUCUAGAAAAAUUUCCCUGAAGGUUCCAAAGGUAUCCCAGAUUCCUCUGCAUUCUCUAACCCGUCUAGCUUCCACUCCUAAUAAGCCGGGUAAAAACAAGUUUAGCUAACUAACUACCUUUUUCUCUCUCUUCAAAUAAAAAUACCAGUAUAAUUAUUCUAUAUUUUUCUAAUCCUCUCUCUCAUACCUUUUUUUUCUCAAUAAGUUCUUGCAAUUGAGAAAUAUAACCAAAAAAAAAACACACACACAAAUCAAAAAUAAUAAUUUCUGACAUGCAAAAAGAAAAAAUCAAAAGGAAAAAAUCGCACUUGAAAUUACUCUAUUGGCCACUUGGCAUACUGACAUACUUAUUUUUGACUGAAAAAAAAACACAGUCAAGAAGUGAACUUCUCGGGGGGUUUUAGAGACGCAGAGAAACCAGACCGUUAGACAGGCAGAGAGGCUAGAAGGUUGAGAGACACAGAGAAGCUUGAGAGCUAGAGACGCAGAGGGAACUACACUCGCUCCGCUCGUGCCGCUUACGCGGAAGAUUCCGGGGCGCUUCGCGCAAGAUUGUUAGAGAGCAUAGGGUUUUGAGAGAGUGCAGAGAAGCUAGAGCGUUAGAGACGCAGAGGGAAAUAAACGGGAAGGUUUAAAAUUGUUUUUCUACACAUAAAAAUCACAUUUUCAGAGUUUGGCUAAAUUUAGAGAAAAAAAUAAUCCUCCUCAACAUUUUCGGCAGAUUAGAAAGAGCUAAGCUAAGCUAGAAAAAAUAAUUUUUGUGUCGAAUUCUAAUUCUAAAUUUUGGCCAACCACAUUCAAUCAAUAGAUCACUGUGAACUUUUUUAUCCGGGUUUUUGACACGUGGCAUUUUCAGAUUCGCCGUGAGCUGCAAAUUCUAAAAAUGUGAUUUUUAGCGAGAAAUUUUGAUUUUGAAGUGUGGAAAAAUGAUUGUAAAGCUUCCAAAUCACUAGUUUCUCUGCAUCUCUAGCUGUCUAGCGUCUCUGCGUCUCUAACCCUCAAGCUUCUCUGCGCUCUCUCAAAACCAUAUGCUCUCUAGAUCUCUAGCUGUCUCGCGCGAAGCGCCUCGGAAUCUUCCGCGUAAGCGGCUUGAGCGGAGCGAGUGUAUGCCCCUCCGUGUCUCUAGCAGUCUAGCCUCUCUAACUGUCUAGCUUCUCUGCGUCUCUAACCCUCUAGUUUCUCUGCACUCUCUCAAUCUGCUAUACUCUCUAGCAAUCUCGCGCGAAGCGCCCCGGAAUCUUCGGCUCGAGCGGAGCGAGUGUAUUUCCCUCUGCGUCUCUAGCCCUCUAGCUUCUCUGCUCUAGCUGUCUCGCGCGAAGCGCCCCGGAAUCUUCCGCGUGAGCGGCACGAGCAGAGCGAGUGUAUUUCCCUCUGCGUCUCUAAACUCUGCGUCUCUAACUCUCUAGCUUCUCUGCACUCUCUCCGAACCCUAUACUCUCUAGCAAUCUUCCGCGUAAGCGGCUCGAGCGGAGCGAAUGUAUGCCCCUCUGCGUCUCUAACCUGUCUAGCUUCUCUGCACUCUCUCUCAACCCCCAUGCUCUCUAGCAAUCUCGCGCGAAGCGCCCCGGAAUCUUCGGCUCGAGCGAAGCGAGUGUAUGUUCUUCUAUCACCCUAGCCCUCUACCUUCUCUGCGUCUCUAACCACCUACCAUUAUUUUUUCCAGCCCUCCGCCUCAACCUGCAAUUGCCCAGCCUCCACAACAUCUUCCCUGGAACCAUGCCAAAAAUUCGCCGACAACCUGAAAUCGGCCACAAUUUCCCAAACACUCCCCAAAACCCAUACACAGUAUAUCGAUGCUCAUAUGAUCCGAGUUGCGAUUGAUCCGCAAGCCUCAGCUUUUGCCUACAUUUUUGAAUUCUCCACAAUUUCCAGCGAUCAGAAUCAGUGGACGUUUGCGGUAGGCUUUUUGGGGGCCUUCUGGGGCCCGAAUCCGGCCCAAAACAGCCCAUUUUUUUACAGGGAGCCGCCGAAAAACCCGAAGCGACCUUCUCAAUUUCCGAUCCUUGUCGAGAUUAUCAAUUUCGAGUGAUAAUUGUGGUCCGAAGUUCGGACCCGGCCCACAUUUUUGAGAUUAUUCGACCGCAGCCGAUUACUGUGCAAUUGCCACCGUUUAUUUUGACACAGGAACAGGUAUGGCUUCUCUACGUCUCUAACCUGAGCAAUCCUGAAUUUCGAGCUGAAACUGUUUUUUUUUCUAGGGAAAAAAAUCCACGUGGCAGAAAAUUUCAAAAAAAAAGUUUCCUCUGCGUCUCUAGCGCUAUAGUUUCUCUGCACUCUCUCAAAUCAGCAUGCUCUCUACCCGUCUAGCUGUCAAGCUUCUGCAUCUCUAACCGUCUGGCUUCUCUGCACUCUCUCACUUCCCUAUAGCUAUGUUUCUCUGCGCCUCUAGCUGUUUAGCUUUUCUGUGUCUCUAACUUUUCCAAUUUACUCUCGCUGUCUGGCUUCUCUGUGCUCUCUAUUCUUUUUUGGAAUCAGGAAAUUCGAUGUUUUUUUUUUAAUUUUUGCCGAUUUUGACUAAAAUAUAUCCACGUGGCAAAAAAAAAUCUGAAAAUUUUCGAAUUUCAAAAAAAAUGAGCCGCAAAUGUUCCUCCUAAUUCCCUCUGCGUCUCUAGCCGUCUAGUUUCUCUGCAUCUCUCAGUUUUUAAAUAUUGUCUAGUCGUCUAGCUUCUCUACCCUCUCUCACUGUCUAGCCCCUCUGCGUCUCUAGCUAACUGGUUUCUCUGCACUCUCUCAAUCCCCUAUGCUCUAGCAAUCUUCCGCGUAAGCGGCACGAGCGAAGCGAGUGUAUGUCACUCUGCGUCUCUAACCCUCUAGCUUCUCUGCACUCUCUCAACCCCCUAUGUUCUCUAGCAAUCCCGCGCGAAGCGCCCCGGAAUCUUCCGCGUAAGCGGCUCGAGCGGAGCGAGUGUAUGCCCCUCUGCGUCUCUAACCCUCUACCCUUUUUCACUGUCUAGUCCCUCUGCGUCUCUAACCCUCUAAUUCCAGAUCCACCUCGAACUCCCGCGCCUCUCAAAUUCGAGCCAAGAAAUCAAAAUGCUGGUCAAAUGGUCACUUCCCCAUGGUUACACCGAUUCGGACAUCUAUGGCUAUGAAUCUCCCGCACUUUACCCAAUUCAGUGCGCGACUCCGGGUAGGUUAGGGGGCUUCUAGGGGGCCCCUUGGGGCCCUGAGGCCUAGGGGCCCCCUAGAAGCCUAGAAGCCCAUAACAAUCAAUUUUCAGAAGACGAGUUAGCUCAACCAAAAAUCGAAGCUCACCAAAACACCGGCGGCCGACUUGCCCUAACUCUUCCCCUCUCCAUCCUCGAAACCCGUUGUCGAAUUUGGGUGGAAGUUAAGAUGUUGCCCCGAUGUGUCCGUCUCGAACCAUUCAACAUUCAGAAGAACAUCGAGAUCGAUUGCACCAAGAGUCCUGAUCUUGAGAUUUGCAACAAGGAUUCGAAUCCGAUCUGUUUUGAUGACGGAGAUGUUGAGAUAUCAGGCGAGCAUGGAAAGGUUAAGAUCACUUUCGAUGGUCCGAAGAAUCUUCCCAGACCGGUUUAUUAUCAUGUGAGAUAUGGUCCCGCGCAGAUUAAAGGCACAGCACCAUUUGUGUCGUGGCAAUUGGCGGCGAAGCGCGAAGUUCGAGUUGAUGGAAGUUUGAAUAGCUUUAGCUUGGAUAUUCCUGAAGAUGAGGAUUUUGGAGUUCAGGUAUGUCUCUGGGCUCUGGGCUUUUUUUUAGGCUUUCAGGCCGCAAAUUCGGAUCCUAGGCCAUGUUUUUGGCCCAAAAACCAGUCAUAUUUUCCAGGUUUGUGCGAUUAUGUCGAAAAAACGGAAGCGGCCGAAGUUUGGAGUUGUCAAAGUGAUGCCAUUCCAGUGUACCAGUUGUAAAGCUACACGUGAGUUAGAGACGCAGAGGAGCUAGGGGGUUAGAGAUGCAGGGGCACUAGUCUAUCAGAGAAGCAGGGUUAGAGACGCAGAGAGGCUAGAGAGUUAGAGACGCAGAGGGAGAUACACUCGCGCUUCCGCGCUCGUGCCGCUUACGCGGAAGAUUCCGGGGCGCUUCGCGCAAGAUUGCUAGAGAGCAUAGGGUUUUGAGAGAGUGCAGAGAAGCUAGAGCGUUAGAGACGCAGUGUUUUUGCCACGUGGGUUUUUUUAGAGAAAAAAUCUUGAAUUUUCAGUUACCAUUGCUCAUAUUAUAGACUUUUUCAUAGUUUUUGGGGCAUUGCUCAUGUUAAAGGCGUUGCUCAGGUUAUAGGCGUAUUGCUCAGGCUAAAAUCCUUGCUCAGGUUAUAAUCCAUUGCUCAGGUUAAAGGAAUUGCUCAGAUUAUGGAACAAGACAUUGCUCAUCUUAUAGGCAUUGCUCAGGUUAUAGAAAAACCAUUGCUCAGGCUAUAGGCAUUGCUCAGAUUAUGCAAAAAUACAUUGCUCAGGUUAUAGGCAUUGCUCAGGUUAUAAAAAACUCCGUUUUUUUCCAGAAAACUCUGUGCGCUGCGGCGAUUGCUCGGCAAUUUUGGGAAGUCCCGUACUGGAGUCCGAUUGGCGAACCAAAAAUCCCGUUUCCGAGUCGUCUUUCGCUUCCGCUUCCGCACCCGAAAAAACCACAAUCUACCGUAUGGAAACGGAUCUCGCGGUGAAGCCGCACGCAAAAUCGACCGGAAAAAAUUUGGAGAAAAUCUCGCCGAUCGAUUUGGAAAAAGCGCAGAAGAUCAUUGCUACAGUACCCCCAACAACAACAUCUACAGUACCCUCGACUACAGUAACCCAGACUACAACUACAGUACCUUUAUCUACAGUACCUUCAUCUACAGUACCCCCAACCACAUCUACAACCAAAAAAAUGCUCAGCAAAGAGGUUGAGCUGCUCGAAAAGGUGAUCCUUGAAAGCAUCGAAGUACAGUACCCCAAUUCUACAGUACCCGUUGCGGGAAAUUUGACUACGGUAGACGAUUUGGACCCAAUUAUUGAGGCGAAAAUGGAAGAGAUGGAACAACAGCUGAAAGAGACGGUAGGCUACAGUAACCCGGGACCAAAAAUUUGGAAUUUUUUGGUACAGUACCAAGAAAAAGGUCCCCAGGGCUGAUUUUUGGUGAAAAAAUCGAAUUUUUGGGUCCCCAGCCUCUGAAAUCCCCCUAAAACCCAGAUUUCCAGCUCUCGAACCUGGCUGCAAACUCCACUGAACUUCGACAUCACGAAAAAUCCAAAAAAUGUCUGCUAAGCGACGGAAUUGUGUGUGAAUUUGGUUGUGAGACGCGGAAGCGUUGCGUUUGUCCGCAACUGACGCAUGCCAGAUUGCGGAAUGGUAUUUGUGCGACACGUGACGCAAUUAUGCACACGAAAUGUUUUCCGAAGCGCGAGAUUAAUGCCACGUGGGAUGAGGAAACUGGAAAUGUUAUGGUAUGUGUUUUUUUGGGCUGAAAUUGUUGAUUUUCAGCGAUUUUCAGCAUUUCCAGCUUUUUCAACACAAAAUUUUAGCCUAGAAACUCUUCUGUAGAAAAUUGUGCCACAAAUUCCAAAAAAAUGGAUCAACCAGAUUUCUUUAGAAAAUAUACUUCUAGACUGAAAUUUUGCGCUGAAAACGCUGAAAUUGAUGAUUUUCAGCGAUUUACAGCAUUUCCAGCUUUUUCAGCACAAAAUUUGAGUCUAGAGAAGUUUCUAAAACCUCUUCAAAGUUUUCAAAAAGUUCCAGAAUUCCGUUAAAAAAAAUCUUGGCUGAAAUUUUGUGCUGAAAAUCAUGGAAAACUUUAAAUUCGCUGAAAAUGAGAGUUUCCACGAGUUUCAGCACAAAAUUUGAGCCUAGAAACUCUUCAAAAGGUACUGUAGGAAAUUGUGCCACAAAUUCCAAAAAAAUGGAUCAACCAGAUUUUUGUGGAAAAUUAUUUUUCUAGACUGAAAUUUUGCGCUGAAAACGCUGAAAUUGUUGAUUUUUUUCAGAUCCACCGCCACGAUAUUCUACAAAAUCUCAAAAAUUCCGACUUGGUCGACAAACUUUUUGUGGAUUUCGGAAGUGUCGAAAAAUCGUCGAAUUUUUCGGAUUUCGAAUUCGACAACAUUACACGCGCCAAAAUCGUUGUUCAAAUUCAAACUCUUCUAAAUUCCGCUGUUUUUUCCAAAGAACCUUUCAUUUUUCACGUGAAUCGGACCAUUGAAGUUGGAAAAACAGUUUAUGGAAUGAGGAUUUGUGUUUUUAAUUCCAGUCAGAUUAAGGUGAGGUUUUGGGGGGUUUCGGAGCGAAAAAAUCGGAUUUUUCAUGAGAAAUAAGGUCCUGAAGCGAUUUUUUUAGGUCCUAGAGCGAAAAUUUCGAAUUUUUCAUGAAAAUUUGAUCCUGACGUGAUUUUUCAAGUCCUAGACCCAAAAUUUCGAUUUUUUUCUUGAAAAUUUGGGUCCUGGAGCGAAAAAAUUGGAUUUUUCAUGAAAAAUUUGAUCCUGAAGUGAUUUUUCAAGUGCUAGAGCGAAAAUUUCGAAUUUUUCAUGAAAAUUUGGGUCCUGGAGCGAUUUUUCAAGUCCUAGACCCAAAAUUUCGAAUUUUUCAUGAAAAUUUGGGUCCUGGAGCGAUUUUGGAGGUCCCGGACCCAAAAAGUAGGAAUUUUCAUGAAAAAUUGGGUCUUGAAGCGAUUUCCAUGGUCCUAGACUCGAAAAAUGAGAUUUUUCAUGAAAAUUUGGGUCCUAAAGUGAUUUUUCUAGUUCUAGACCAAGAAAAUCGGAUUUUUCAUGAAAAUUUGGGUCCUGGAGUGAUUUUUGAGGUCCCGAGGGGAAAAUUUUGAAUUUUUCAUGAAAAUUUGGGUCCUGGAGCGAUUUUUGAGGUCCCGGGCUAAAAAAUUGGAUUUUUAAUGAAAAUUUGGGUCCUGGAGCGAUUUUUGAAGUCCCGGACCGAAAAAAUUGGAUUUUUCAUGAAAAUUUGGGUCCUGGAGUGAUAUUCCAAGUCCUAGAGCGAAAAUUUCGAAUUUUUCAUGAAAAAUUUGGUCCUAAAGCGAUUUUUUAGGUCCUAGACUAAAAAUUUCGAUUUUUUCUUGAAAAUUUGGGUCCUGAAGUAAUGUUUCAGGUCCUAGAGCGAAAAUUUCGAAUUUUUCAUGAAAAUUUGUGUCCUGGAGCGAUUUUUGAUGUUCCGGAGCGAAAAAAAUUGGAUUUUUCAUGAAAAAUUUGGGUCUUGGAGCGAUUUUUGAGGUCCCGGAGCGAAAAAAUUGGAUUUUCCAUGAAAAUUUGGAUCCUGGAGCGAUUUUUGAGGUCUCGUAGCGAAAAAAUUGGAUUUUUCAUGAAAAUUUGGGUCCUGGAGCGUUUUUUGAGGUCCCGGAGCGAAAAUUUCGAAUUUUUCAUGAAAAUUUGGGUCCUGGAGCGAUUUUUGAGGUCCUAGAGCAAAAAUUCGGGGUUUUUCGGCCCAGAAUCUAUUUCUAGAGGUUCCGGGACCAAAAAUUUCGAAUUUUUCAUCAAAAUUUGGGUCCUGGAGCGAUUUUUGAGGUCCCAGAGCGAAAAAAUUGGAUUUUUCAUGAAAAUUUGGGCCCUGGAGCGAUUUUUGAGGUCCUAGAGCGAAAAUUUCGAAUUUUUCAUGAAAAUGUGGGUCCUGGAGCGAAAAUUUCGAAUUUUUCAUGAAAAUCUGGGUCCUGGAGCGAUUUUUGAGGUCCUAGAGCGAAAAUUCGGUUUUUUUUGGCCCAGAAUCGAUUUCUAGAGGUUCCGGGACCAAAAUAUUCGGAUUUUUCAUGAAAAAUUGGUCUUGUGACGAUUUUUGAAGUGGUAGACCGAAAAAUCCGGGUUUUUCAUGAAAAUUUGGGUCCUGGAGCGAUUUUUCAAGUCCUAGAGCGAAAAACGUCAUAACUCAUCGUGAAAAACCUACAGUAACCCCUCUAAUUCCUUUCAGGACCCUCAAAACUACAAUUUCGAAGACAUCUCAAAAUUCGAAGACGAAAAAAUCGAUAUUCUCCAAAUCUCCAUCUCCCCAAUCAAUUUCUCCAAUUCCCAAAAACUCUACAGUACUCCCACUUCGGAUACCUAUUGGAGUACGGUAGUUACAGUAGCGAAAAUUGCGAUUUUGGUGAUUCUCGCGUUGGCUAUGUUCAUUUUGGUGUAUUUGAAUUGUACGAGGAUUAAAAGUUUGUAUGAGAGGAAGCGGACGCAUUAUUUUAGACCGUUUUAUAUUGAUCCAAGUGUGAGUUUGGGGUCUGGGACCAGGAAAAUCGAAUUUUUCAUUGGAAAAUUGAGUCCUGAACCGAUUUUUAUGGCCCCAAACCGAAAAAUUUGGAUUUUUCAUGAAAAAUUGAGUCCUUAACCGAUUUUCAUGGUCCCAAACCGAAAAAUUCGGAUUUUUCAUGAAAAAUUGAGUCCUAAACUGAUUUUCAUGGUCCUAGACCGAAAAAAUCGGAAUUUUCAUGAAAAAUUGAGGCCUAAAGCGAUUUUUCUAGUUCUAGACCAAGAAAAUCGGAUUUUUUAUGGAAAACUGAGGCCUAAACCGAGUUUCAUGGUCCUAGACUGAAAAUUUUGGAUUUUUCAUGAAAAAUUGAGUCCUGAACGGAUUUUUAUGGUCCUAGACCAAGAAAAUCAAUUUUUUCAUAAAAACUUGAGGCCUAAACCGUUUUUCAUGGUCCCAAACCGAAAAAAUCGAAUUUUCCAUGAAAAAUUGAAGCCUAAACCGAUUUUCAUGGUCCCAAACCGAAAAAUUCGGAUUUUUCAUGUAAAAUUGAGUCUCAAACCGAAAAAAUUCGGAUUUUUCAUGAAAAAUUGAGUCCUAAACCGAUUUUUCAUGGUCCUAGACCAUUUUUUCAUGGCCCUAGACCAAGAAAAUCGGAUUUUUCAUGAAAAAAUGAGUUUCAUACCGAUUUUCAUGGUCCCAAACCGAAAAAAAAUUCAGAUUUUUUAUGAAAAAAUAAGUCCUGAACCGAUUUUCAUGGUCCCAAACGGAAAAAAUCCCAAAUUUUCAGCCCUUAAUUCUUAAAUUUUACAGAUCCACACACCUGGCUAUAAAAGAGACCCGUCUCGAGGCUAUUAUGACGUCAGAACCUCGAAUUUAAUCAUGUGA